UGUUUACACAGACAAUCUGCCCAAGUGAAAACAGACAAGGACAGCUUAAGGGAAUGGAGUGAGGUAGUUGAUUUAAACAAAGCUGACCAAAAUGUGUUAAUGGACUUUGAUGAAAAACAUGAUCAAUAUCUGAUACUCCUUCAAUGCAGAAACAGGGUAUUGAAAAGAUUAAAGGCAAAAGAUCCUAAAAAGAUACAACUAGAACGGUUAGAGCAAGGAUUUUCCGUCUAUGUAAAUGGCGCCAACUCUGAAUUAAAGAGACAACCAAGAUUUGAAGCAACUUCAAGAUCAGUGCGGACAGCUGAUUCUGCUGCAAGAACAACUUCGCACACUGAAAAGCUUCAAGAAUUAGAUGAAAUAAAACGUAGAACCCAAACUGCACCAGGCAAAGUUCAUCGUAAAGGUUGGGUGCAGAGUUCUGUCAAUAUUAAAACAGAGAAAGGAACGCAGUUGCACCUUGGUCCUCCCAUAGAUUACUCUGAUGAUUUUGAAGCUGAUGAAAGUGUUGAUAUGGAGACAGAGGAUAUACCACGUAAUUGUUCUCAGAUUCUUGCUGAUGAUUAUUCCAGGAUCAGAAACGACCCUUGUUUCCCAUCAAAGUCUUCCUUCGUAAAACCUGGAAGGAUAGCCGAUAACAGCGGCUCUGAUGGCAAUGAAAAAAUACUCCUGAACAUGCAAGAAGUUAAGAUGUUGAGAAGAAGCUUGCAGCAGACUGCUGACCUCCAGCUUAGUGAUGAAAAGAGCACUGGCAGUGAGGAUUCUGAUUCCCUAGAGGACGAGAAAAUUGGAGAGCAGAUUGAAACUCGAGAAUCAACAGACAGUCUGGAGAAUCUACAGCUGAACAAGCAAUCUUUCCAGAGGGCGCCAGAGGCUAAACAGUGUGCUUUACACCCUGGAGAUCUGAUUGUACUUGAAUUUGGGCCUGGUACAAAAAGUAAGUCUGGCAGUCGAAAAGUGCGAGCUUUGACAGCAGCUAGGAAAAAUGAUGCAGGAUCUUACAUUCCUUUGAAACCCAGUCUGGUGAAAAGUAAAUCUUUUGACAAAUUCACCUCUUCUUCUAACCAUCUUGGAGCAGACCUGAUUUCAACUCAAGAAAGUCGUCAAGAGCGGGUACUUUCUGCUGCAAGAAGGAAUAUAUGCCAGGUGAAGGAUCCAGAAUUAUCUGCUUCAAGUGUAUUUCAAGCCAUGCAGAAAGAAAAUGAAGAUAUGCUGAAAAGUGUAGAAAAGCAGAGAACAAUCACAAAAACACCCACAUGUUGGCAAACGCUUUCGCCUUCAGAAGCAGCAAGAAAUGGCACACUGCAGUGUUUGCCCGUACCAGUAAAGCACGAUAUGAUCGAUAAAGCUAUUGAACGAAUCAGCUAUUUGGAACCAAGUCAACAAAAGAAACUUCUAAAAGUGUUGGAGAAAAUUGAAGUGCCUUCCAGUGAUAGAUCAGAUAGCAGUACCAUAAAGGCAAGAAUUGGAAUGACUACUGAGACUCAACAGAGUAAUAGAACAUCAGGCAGCACAUUGAUGAAGGACAUAAUUUAUGUCACACUGGAAAUUUUGUCGAACUGGGGCAAUGUUGACAAAGUUGGCCUAACAGAAGUGCAAUUUUUUGACCUAAAACAUCAGAAGAUUUUUGUUUCUCCUCAUGAUGUUGAUGUCAGAAAUGCUCACAGUCCUGGGAACUUGAAUCGUUUAGUGAAUGGAAAGACAAAGACUACAAAGGAACGUCACAUGUGGACAUGCCCUUUCCGCCCACCAGUUCAAUUAUAUUUUGUUGUGCGUAGCCCAAUCAAAUCGUGUGACUUCGGUAUUUCUAAGAUCAAAAUUUGGAAUUAUAAUAGAAGCCUUAAUGAGCUUGAUGUUGGGGCAAAGGAUGUAAGGAUUUAUGUGGACAGUAAUCUGGUAUAUGAAGAAAAGCUUGAAAAAGGCUGUGGAAACCAAGUGUUCGAUUACAGUACAACCAUUGACUUGAGAACCAACAAAAGCAAAGCUUCACUUGAUACUUCCAGUGGGAGUGAUAUGGAAGAACAAACUGAAGAAAUGGUGAGCUCAGAAAGAGGCCCAAGCAUUGAGCCUCCAGAACAAGCAACUUCCUUAUUCUUUCGAAAUUCAGGUUUAAAGGAGAGAAACACAAUUGAUGCUUUCAGUGGGAGUGAUACAGAUGAUCAAGCUAAUGUAACUGAGAGCUCAAAAGCAAGCCUUAAUAUUGGUUCUCCACAUCAAGCAAGGUCCUCAUUCUUUUUAAAUUCUCACUUAGAAAAUAAGAAAACUACAUUAAUUGAUUUGAAUGAUUCACCAAAGAGCAGAAUUUCUGCCUUGGAGGAAGACAUAACGUUAACAGCCUCAGUUUCACUGGAGGCAUCGCUCCUGAGAGUAAAUAUUUCAGAAACCAAUAAGGAAGAAGAAAUUUAUUCUGAUGAAGAACCAGUUAUGAAAGACCAGCUGGAGAAAAUAACUGGAAAGAAAAUAACAGAAAUGCCAUCAGCUUCAAAAGUACCAUCGUGGCUAAAAUCACCAGAGAAAGAAAAACCCAAGCAAAGUAAAUGGAAAAAGCCUCCAUGGCUCAGUGAUGAGAAACUCGUAGAUGUAAAAGUUGACAACAACUCAGCUAAAACUAGUGAGGCAAAUUGUAAUUGGCCAGAUCUAUCUGACCCUGUCAGUAGUUACAAAAACUCAAUUGGUGGAACUGACAAGAUUUUAAAAUGUAAUAAGAAGAAGUUAGUCAACUCUUCUGAAAAGGGCAAAGUACUUACUGACAAGAAUUAUUUAGAUUUCCUGGAUGACUUCAGUGAAAGUGAGUGUUAUAUGCCCUCAUCACAGGAUGAGGAGAAUCAAAGAACUGACUUUCCUGUAAGUGGAAGGAGAAGCUCUGUGAAAAGUGCCAGAAAUAAAGAACUUUUUAAUAUUAAUGAAACUGAAGGACUUCUUAAAAUAGAUAAUCAGAGAACUACUUCAAAGACUUCAGGGUCUUCAAGACCCAAGUGGCAAAAUGAACAGGAUGACACACUGAUGGAAUCAUGGGAUUCUUUAUUAAAGUUUAACAGAUCACAGCGAGGUCGGAUAGCCAACAUGGAUUUUGAGGGAGACAUUUUUGAUGAGUUUUUGCAAGAGCAACGAAUUGGAAGAGAAAUAGGAUUGAAAUCCUUGCAUCAGGAAUCAAUGCAUGAAAAUGCUGAGAGUAUGGAACUUGCAAGCUCAGAGCUGGUGAAUAGAAUGGACAUAUUGAGGAGGCUUGACAAGUAUAAGAACUCCAAUUAUGCACCAGAUGCUUGA